CGAUUAUUUCUCCAUCAUUGUGGAGUCCCAGCAGAGCCUCUAGACCGAUACGAACCUGGAGGCUAUCAUCCAGUGCGUCUGCAGGAUGUCUUUGCAGGAGGAAGAUACAAAGUCAUUCAUAAGCUGGGUCAUGGAAGCUUCUCGACUACCUGGAUCGCACGAGAUCNNUCAUGUAAGCUCAGUACGAUACAGGAAUGCUUCAGAACCUUGACCCCCUAUAGACUCAGCAGAAAUGUGGCUCUCAAGAUCACAGUGGCAGAAGCUUCAUCCUCAAGCAAUCGUGAGCGUCGAGUUCUCCAAGCCCUAUCGGAAUCGAACUUCACAUUGCGGUCAGAGCGAAAGCAUAUUGUGCAGUUUCUGGAUAGCUUCCAACAUGACGGGCCCAACGGCGUUCAUGAUUGCCUGGUCUUCGAACUACUUGGUCCCAGUAUCGCUAGCGUAGUGGAACAACGACGUGCCGGCAACAGGCUACCAGGACAUGUUGCAAAGAAGGCUUGCAAACAAUUGGGUCUCGCGCUCGCAGUCUUACACAGGCAGGAGAUUGCUCAUGGAGGAGACCUUGCGUUCUGCGUGCCAGGACUCGACUCAAUUCCGGAAAACAAGCUAUUCGAGACUUACGGUUUGCCCAAAACAGGCCCGGUAACUCGCGCUAAUGGUGGCUCGCUAGGGUCUGGAGUUCCAGACUAUCUAGUAUGGUCUGCUUCCUUCCCUGCCAGCAAACUAAAUCUUGAAGAGCUCUCUGUGAAGCUCAUCGACUUUGGUGAAUCAUUUUUCUCUUACGAAAAGCCCAAGGGAUUGCACACUCCGUUGGCACUCAGAGCACCCGAAACUUUGUUUGACGAGGAGUUCGACUUUCGAGUUGAUUGCUGGGGUUUUGCCUGCGCGGUAGCUCUUACUCAUGUCUCCCUCAUUGGUACCUUGCUAAGAUGGAUGUUAGNNAUUUUCGAACUAAUCGUCGGGUAUCCGCCGUUCACCGGCAUCAUGGCAAAGAAGGAAGAUAUCUUACAGCAGAUAGUGGAUAUGAUAGGAGAACCGCCAGAAGAAUGGCAGCCUAAGUGGAAGGCGAUGCCAAAAUGGGGUCAGUACAUUCUACAUCAUCCGAAGNCUACCGAGCAACACCUAACUCCGACAGAUCAAGUCUACGAUAACGAUCCAGUCUAUAAUUUGGAGCAGUGGCUUGAUCUGACUUAUUUCGACGACGGCAAACGUAUCGAUCUUACUCGAGAGGACAUCGAACAAGUUGGAAAACUAAUUAGAGGAUUGUUGCAGUGGCACCCCUCUGCUCGUUCAUCAGUAACUGAAGUUCUGUCAAACGAAUGGUUCCAGGAUUGC